AUUUACUUAGUAACGCGUUACUCAAAGGUAGUCAUGUGUUAUGCAAACGAAAAUUUCUGUAUUUCUAAACAUCAAUUGGAAUGUUAGAAAAUCAGCGCAAAACACUAAGGAACUAGUAUUUGAUUUAAAUAUUAACUGAUAACUACAUGAUGAGCAUAUUUUUCGGACUAUUAUUGCAUGAAAUCUUCAUCCGCUAGAACAUUUAUUUAAUGAUAAAUGUGAAUAAAUUACACGUUGUUAAGUCUUUCUGUGAUCAAAAUAUUUAAAAAGGAUUAUAUAUAAUCACAUUUCUUACCUAACAAAGUAUAUUUAAAAUGGAUUCAAUGGAGAAGGAUGAAGAAUUAACAAGUGAUUAUAAACAAACCAGUCUCUCAUUACAACAAAGCAAUAAUGAAAAUAACAAUUCGAAAAAGUCAUCAAAGAGGAUAACUGCUAAUGACGGCGGAAGUGGUUCCAACAAUUUCCUAGCAUCACUAUACUCCAGAUGUAUUAGAUAUUCAAGUCGAAGAGGACGAAAACAGACAACUAACAAUAAUAAUAAUAAUACUGGUGGCAGCAGCAAUCACUACCCACAUCCUCAACCUCAUCAUCAUAACCAUCAGUCAAAUUUCUGCCUGAAUUUCUGUGGAUAUCGUUCAUCGGAUAAUUCGCAUCCUCAAGGUGUACGUGCAACCCUGCACAGAGAUUCAACUAAUUAUAGUUAUCCUCUUCAAAACGAUAAACGUCAGGAGAAUUCAGUUAAUAAGCCUGAUUCAAUUAGUCAGUCUGAAAAUAUGCAAACUUCCAGUCCUACUUCUUGCCUUUCAUCUUCUCUUUCGAAACGUCGACUUCCACAGCGAUGAUAGCAACACCAACACCGACAACAACAACAACAACUGCUGGUGUAACUACAUCAGUGUCAACUACUCACUCAGGUCAAAUAAAUAGUAUUAUUCAUUGCCCGCUUACUAAUAAUUGUACUAAUAUUGAUCCGCAUAUUACUACUACUACUCCUGUACAUAACGAUAAAUCUCAGAGAGUUGAUAAUUUACAUUCUGACACAGUGAAGCCUAGUGCCAGUGGUAUGAAUGAUGCUGAGGAUAAAAGCAGUACUGGUACAUCAAUACGGUUGACUACAACGAUUUCCAAUAACACUAUGUGUAAAUCUUCCACAGGUGGUUUUAAUAAUAAUAAUAAGGAUCAAGGAAAGCCGUUAGAGAUGUCUAACGCCUUGGUAUGUGAUCCAACAAAACUUUGUGCAAAAUGCAGGGAAAAUGUCUGCCUACUUAGUGGAGAUUUUAAACAGAUCCUUUUAUCGACAAAGAAUCAGACAGAUAGACAAGUGAGCAGUGGUGUCGGUGAAAGCGACAGUAAGGUUGAUAAUAAUAAUAAUAAAAGCGGUGAUACUAGUGCAUCAAACAAAGUUAAAGAAAUUGAAUUAACAAUUGAAAAAUAUGAACAACACAUAAAAUAUUUAUUUGAUCAUAUUGAUAACACUAAAGAAAAGUGUUGUCAAACUGUUACAAGCAGUAAUUCUGAUGUCAGCGAUGAUAAUAACACUAGUAAUCAAAAUAGUAAUAUUAAUAAUAAUCGUUUAUGGGAUGCAUUUAACACGUUAACUCCAAAUCAUGAAGAUGUUAUUCGACCGUCGCACAAUGAAGUCAACACAUUUCAUGUUGAUGAUGAGAUUGACUAUGAAGAAAGAGCAAAUGAAGUGAAUCAAGUCUAUGAAGGUGGGAAACUUAUGAUUAUUAAGAAGGAUAUUAAUAAUAAUAAUAAUAAUGACAGUAACAUUAAUCAACACUCUAAUUGUCAUUCUAUGAAUCGUCUAAUGAUCAAUCAUAAUGGAGAUGAUAUUGAUGAGGAGAAGAGAAUUAUUACAAUCUAUAGAAAAUUGCAUAAUCUACGCUGUCAGAUAGAGUCAUUUUCAUACUUAAGUUGGCUUGGGUUGACAUCUGAACCUCCUACGAAUAAAGUUCUUGUUCCUGGAUCAAAUGCACCAGCUCCAAAUCCACAAAUGCAUUUGAUACGUCGAUCAGAUGCAGAUAGUCGAAGAAAUAUUCAAGAAUUUAGGCGUUUAUGUAAAGAACCUGUUUCUCAAGAAGAUUUACUUGAAUUACGUUCGUCUACAUUUAAUAAUUGGUCAAGGACAGAUGCCCAGUUAAUGCGUUUAGUACGUGAAAUGUUUAAAGAACUUGGAUUUAUUGAUCAUUAUAAAUUACAAUAUCAUCGUUUAGAUCUAUGGCUAAGUGAUAUUUAUCGAAGAUAUAAUCGUAUACCAUUUCAUAAUUAUAAACACGCAUUUAUGGUUACACAAAUGUGUUACGUUCUACUCUGGGGUGGAAAACUUACCAAACUACUCGAUAUCGAUGAUCAACUCACUUUGAUUAUGUCGGCCAUCUGUCAUGAUUUAGAUCAUCCAGGAUUUAAUAAUGCUUAUCAGAUCAAUGCUGGGACUGUAUUAGCUAUGCGAUAUAACGAUCAAAGUCCAUUAGAAAAUCAUCAUUCAGCAGUGGCAUUCGAUUUAUUAAGUCAUGCGGAAGUUGAUCCUUUCGCCCAUCUUCCACUUAAUGUCCGUCAACGGAUUCGUAAAGGAAUGAUAAGGUGUAUUCUAGCAACAGACAUGUCACGUCACAAUGAAAUACUCGAUGAAUUCAAUCGGCUUGUUGUAAGUGAUCUACAAGCUGCCUGGGAAAUUGAUGCCAACAGUAAAAAACCCGCUUGGGUUACAAAUAAAACGCAUAAAGAUCUUGUUAUGAUGAUAAUCUUAAAGAUAUCUGACAUUUCAAAUGAAGCACGUCCUCUGAGUGUUGCUGGUCCAUGGAUAAAUCGAUUAUUGGCGGAAUUUUUUAAUCAGAGUGAUUAUGAAAAACUUGUUGGUCUUCCAGUUGCACCAUUUAUGGAUCGUCAUAAAGUGACUAAAUCUGCUAGUCAGUGUGGUUUCAUCCGUUUUGUUAUUCUGCCUCUAUUUGAGUCUCUAGCAAAGUUAUUACCAGAAGUUAAGCCAAUUAUCGUUCAACCAGCAAUGGAACAAUUGGCCUACUAUACAGAAUUACACGCAAAUGAAGAGAAAAAAGUCAAAGCUGAAAAUCAAAAAGUCAACAGCGUUGCCUCUCAAAAUGAUAAUGAUAAUCACAAUAGUAGUAAUAGUAAUAAUAAUAAUAAUAGUAACAAUAAUACCAAUAACCAGAGUGCAACAGACAAGCAGUCUUAAUAAUCACGCUUCUAAACCCGAAAACACCUCCAGUUCAAUUAAUUGUCAGUGUUAUAAAUACACUUGUUUGUUUCUUAUCAACAGUAAUUUACUUCUUUGCUUUCCCCUGGAAUUACUUAAUAUACAGUUGUAUGUGUGUGUGCGUGUUUUUAUUGAUUAAUUGUGAGUAGUCUCACCUUUAGAUGAAACCAGCCCCUUCAACCUUCACCCCGAACGUUUAGUCAGACUUAUUUUUAUUGUUGUCAUUGUUUUGUUGUGUUUUUGUCUUUUCGCAUUAUUUCCCUACCGAAAGUGAAGUUGUGUGUGUUUACGUGUGCGUGGGUGUGUCUUGAUCACUAGGAACACACACUCAUCUUCACUAGUAGUUUUGCUCAAAUUUUGUAUGUGUGUGUGUGUGGCGUUUUUUGCAAUCUCUGGUGUACAUUAUAAUGCAGCUGAUGGGGUACUCGCUUACACACACACAUACACAGAUAGUUUUACCCCGAAAACACUAUUUUUUCAGAUAUUACAUCACACAGGAACAUACUUUUUAAAAAUAAUAGGAUUCUCAAACCACUAAUCUCAAUGAAUCAAUCAGCUGUAUACAAAAUUAUUUGUUUUCAUUUUAUAUUAUAUUGUAAAAUGAACUCUCCUCCUACAAGCCUUAUAUUUUUUCGUUGUGUUUCUUAAAAAAGUGUUUGAACUGAAAACAAAAAACACACUUUACUUUAGGAUAUGAUUAUAUACUACGUUUAUAGAAUAAAUGAGUAGACAACGUAUUGUACACACUUGAACUUUGAAUUUUCUAUUGAAUAUUGUUAUUUGAAUUGUUCGUCUUUUUGUGUGUGCAAAAGGCUUGUAUGUGUGCGCGUGUGUGAUAAGCCUUUUUUAUUAUAAAACAGCUGAUCUAAGAAAAAUAAACCUAUUCAUGUCGUAUUUAUAUAUAUAAUAUUUUUUGAUAACUCCAAGCAAAUUGAACCACUUUUUGUUUAAGCUGAAAGAAACUGAGUCACUGUGAAAAAAGGCAAAGCGUCUUGCGCGUGUUUUAGCUCAAGCUUUUGUUUCUCUCUAAGUUUUCGCCUUCUUGAUCCUGACUUAUGCUUUACCUCAAAAUAUGUUUUAUAACCCCUUUCUGUUUGUUUUAUUUAUUUAUUUCAACUGGAAACUUGUGAAUUUGUCUCUGUUGAGUACUGUUCAGUCUUUUACUACCUACCACCUGUCUAUCGAACUAUGAUCAUAAUCAUCAUCAUCAUCAUGGCAGUAUCGUAGAGAUUCGAUUUAUUAUUAAACUUUAAAAACAAAAUUUUAUGCACAGGAAUGAUUGUAGCCAAACGGGGAAAUGUACACAUUCCAUAGUUGAUGGACAACUUGAAACUCUUAUCUUGGAUUUUUAUCUAUUCAAUGAAUAUUCUCACCGUCUUUAAUCAAUCAAUACUUCUUUAAUUUUAUACUAGUUUUCAGAAAUUUGAUUACUGAACGGCUAUUGCUACUCCUUCUUCUCCUUCUUGCUGUUCCUGUCGUCUGUUAUUUUGUUCUCCUCGUGGAAUGAUGCUAUUUUUGCUUGUUUAUGUUCUAAACAAAUUGUUGCUUAUUGAUUUUUUGAAACUAAAACCAUGUCGCCUGUUUUCGCGUUUUUAUGUAUGAUUAUUAGUAUUAUUACUAUUACUACUAAUAUUCGUUUGUGAAAUAUUUUUUGAAGUUAACUUUAUCAUAAUUUGUAAUUUCACGAAAUUUAAAACAGGAAAAUAAACUGCAACAGAGCUUAUUCUC